AUGAAACCGAACACAACAGACGAAAAAUUCGAGACUCACCGGAGUUGGGUUUCUUCAAAGCUGGUAGCUGCUGAUUCUGGGGUCAGUAAUGGCGGUCUCAGGGACCACUUCAACUUCGACGACCAAUUCAGAGCAUACUCCGGUGUCUUUGGCGAUGACACUAUAAAACAGAUUUCCGAUGACGAAGAUGUUGCCUACAUCGAACAAGACAAGGUUGUACAAAUGCACCAGUUCGUUGUUGAGAAAAACGCACCGUCCUGGGGCCUUGGCCGCAUCUCUGCCACCGAGCCUGGUGUCAAGGACUAUAUCUAUGACUCGAGUGCUGGCGAAGGCAUCACCGCUUAUAUUAUCGACAGCGGUAUUGACGCGAAGCACCCCGAGUUCGGUGAUCGCGCGACCUGGGGUACGAACACUCUCGACUCGCAAGAUGAAGAUUGCAGCGGCCACGGAACUCACGUUGCGGGCACCAUUGGCAGCACUACCUACGGUGUUUCUAAAAGGAUUAAGCUUGUCGGCGUCAAAGUGCUUAACUGCGACGGAGUGGGAUCAUCCACAGCCGUUUUGAAGGGUGUGAAGUGGGCUGCCAGCCAUGUUCAAGAGCAUGGUGACCCUAAGAAGUCUGUCAUGAACCUUAGCCUUGGACAGGGCUUCUCACGCGCAGACAAUGAGGCUGUUGCCGCGGUUGUCCGUGCAGGUAUCUUCGUUUCUGUGAGCGCUGGUAACGAACAUCGGGAUGCGUCGAAUUACUCGCCUGCCUCUGAGUCAACUGUUUGCACUAUUGGCGCUACUGACGACAAAGACAAGAUGGCCAAAUUCUCCAACUUUGGCAGUGGUAUCGACCUCUUCGCACCCGGUGAGGAUAUUAUAUCCACUGUUCCGGGAGGCAAAAUCGCCAGCUACUCUGGAACGUCGAUGGCAUCUCCCCACGCCGCCGGAGUGGCUGCUUAUCUUAUGUCUCUUGAGAACAUCAGUGGCGGCUCUGUGUGUGACCGCAUGAAAAGUAUAGCUCGGGACUCCGCCAAAGGUACCCCCAAGGGCACUACCACUAAACUGCUUUACAACGGCAGAAAAUCCAUCAAGAAGGACCCAAAGCCCAAAGACCCAAAGCCCAAAGACCCAAAGCCCAAAAACCCAAAGCCCAAAAAGCCAAAGACCAAGAACCCAAAACUAUGCCAUUCCAGGAGAAGCCGCAGAAUGCUUGCAUAUUAA